UGCAAUGGCCGCUCUCACUGUAUCGUGUAGGUUUUUUUUAUUUCCUCCAGCAUAGCAGAUAAAUAACCAUACCAUUAUUUAUUGUAGAGCCUCAGACAAAGAGGAAGAGAGACGGGGUUGUUCUUAACGCCGCCUGUCUUCAACGAGGUUCAGGUUGGAAAGUGGAUCAUUCUCCAAUGGACACUCCUGAGAGUCCCACCCAGUCUCCUGAAAGCCCCAACCAAUCACCCCAAUCCCCAGAGGAAGAGAGAGCAAUUUCUGACAGUGAGUUCCUGGCAUCCCCCGAGGAGGAGGACAGGCUGCUCUCUGACAGUGAGCUGCUGAAUGAUGAAGACAACGGUGGUUUAGAUGAAGAGGGUGGUGAAGGUGGGGACUCUGAGCUGGAUGAUGACGAAGAUGGGGGGGUAGUUCAGGAGCGUAUCUCUGACCCAGAGGAUGAUGAAGCUGAUGGGGAAGGUGGAAGGGAUAGGCAUACUAUUCUAGAACAGGAGCAGGAGGAGUCAGUGGGGAUGGUGAUGAUGGGACAGGAGCGACAGGAAAGCCAAUCAGAUGAGGAGGAGGACCGGAUCAGCCAAACUCCUAAGUCCCCUGAUUCUGAGCCAGAGCAGGAGAGGUCAUCCCCUUUAGCUGAGGAGAUGUCCAGCCAUGAGAAAGAAGAUGAGAGUGGGGAACCGUCUGUGAAGCUGGCAGUGGAGACAGCAGAAGUAGAUGAUGAAGAGGAGGAAGAGAGACUGAGGAGGAGGAGGGUGGUGGUGAAUCAGAUGAAGGAGGAGUUGUCGUCUGUGUCCAGAGAGCUUGACGAGCAUGAGCUGGACUAUGACGAGGAGGUUCCUGAGGAGCCCAAUGUUCUAGCGCCUGAAGAAGAUGACGAGGUGGAGAAAGGACCCAGAGAAGGGGAUGAGAAAGAGGACAAGAGCAUCAAAAAGAAAGAGAAGAUACCAAUCCUUCCUCCAUCCCCGAAAGACGGUCCACCUAAGAAGCCUGAAGAGUCCAGGGCUCAGGACAGAGGAAGGAGAGAUUCCUUUCGUGACAAAAAGGACGAGGAUGAUGGAGAGAUUGAUGAGGGAGAAAUAGAUGAUGAUGACCUUGAGGAGGGAGAGGUGAAGGACCCCAUGGACAGGAAAGUCAGACCCAGGCCCGUCUGCAGGUUCUUCAUGAAAGGUAACUGCACAUGGAGUAUGAAUUGUAGGUUCAUCCAUCCAGGGGUCAACGACAAGGGCAACUACUCUCUCAUCUCCAAGCCAGACCCCUUCUCUCCCAACGGGGCACCACCUGGAGCACCCCACCCUCUCAUUCCUGGAAGCAACCCCUGGGGUGGACCUGCUGUUGAGGAGCUCCCUCCACCCCCUCCUCCAGUGGAGCCUCCUGUGGAGAGUGCCUGGGAGAGGGGUCUGAGACAUGCCAAAGAGGUGUUGAAAAAAGCUACCAUACGCAAAGAGCAGGAGCCAGACUUUGAGGAGAAGCGCUUUAACGUGACCAUUGGAGAGGAUGAGCGAGACUUUGACAAGGAGAAUGAUUUCUUUAGGGAACGCAGCUACCGCAUCACCAGAGAAAUCAGAGACCCGGGUGACUUGGAGUUCAGAGACCCAGUCUAUCCUAAUGACCCUUAUGCUGAUCCAUACUAUGACUAUGAGAUGGAGGCCUUCUGGAGAGGGGGACAGUAUGAGAACUUCAGAGUGCAGUACACAGAGACCCCUCUGCCCUACCACUACAGUGAGCGUGAACGUGAGCGGGACCCGCGAGAGCGCCAUCGUGACCGUGAGCGGGACCACCGCGAGCGAGAACGCCGGCAGAGAGAACGUGAAAGGGAAAGAGAAAGGGAGCGAGAGAAGGAGAGAAUGCGCAGAAAGGAGGAGUGGGAGAGGGAUCGCAUGAAGCGUGAUGAGAAGGAGAGGCCCGUCAGGGAGCGGCCUCCACGUGAGCCUCGGGAGAAGAAGGAGGGGGAGGACAAGCAGCCUAAAGGUCCCCCCAGGUCCCCCAUCGAUACCAACAUGCCCCCCAAUCGGCCGAUGAUGGAGCCACCUCUCAAAACGGAGCUGAUGCCCAUGUCAAAGCGGCCAGAUGAAUGGAAGGACCCCUGGCGCCGGUCUAAAUCCCCCAGGACACGUCCGGGCAUGUCCGGGUCACCACCGCGGGGCCGCCGGCGUCACCGGCCUUCUGGAUCCUCUGUCUCACUGUCCAACUCCUCUAGGUCUUCGUCCCGCUCUUCCUCCUACACAGGCUCCGGAUCAUCCCGGUCUCGCUCUCGCACCUCGUCCUUCAGCUCGUACUCCAGCCACUCCUCCCAGCACAGCUCCUUCAGCGGCAGCCGCUCCAGGUCCAGAUCGUUCUCCUCGUCUCCCUCUCCGACCCCUUCAGCACAGAGAAACGCCAAGAAUAAAGCAGCGGCCCCACUGGCCCUAGGGCCCAAAGGCAUCCCGUCGAAACCUGGUGCGCCUUCCCCUCCUAGUAGGGAGAAGGCUCCCCCCAAGAAGGCUCCAAGCCCACCACUUCCAGGCCAGCCUGGGAAACCCCCCAAACCCACCCUAGAGGGGGCUAAGCCUGGCAACUCCCGCGAGCCCCGUGAGGGGGGCCGACCCAUGCCGCCUCGGGAGGGGGGUCGACCCAUGCCGCCUCGGGAGGGGGGCCGACCCAUGCCGCCUCGGGAGGGGGGCCGACCCAUGCCGCCUCGGGAGAGGGGCCGACCCAUGCCGCUUCGGGAAGGGGGCCGACCCAUGCCGCCUCGGGAAGGGGGCCGACCCGUGCCUCCUCGGGAGGGGGGCCGACCCGUGCCUCCUCGGGAGGGGGGCCGACCCAUGCCUCCUCGGGAGGGGGGCCGACCCGUGCCUCCACGAGAUGGAGGCCGAGCCAUGCCGCCUCGGGAGGGGGGCCGAGCCAUGCCGCCUCGAGAUGGAGGCCGAGCCAUGCCGCCUCGAGAGGGGGGCCGAGCCAUGCCGCCUCGGGAGGGGGGCCGAGCCAUGCCUCCUCGGGAGGGGGGCCGACCCAUGUCACCUCGGGAGGUGGGCAAACCUCUCAACCUGCGGGAGGGCCGACGGAAGGAGCGGCAGCAGCACAAUCCACCCAGGAGGCAGACGGUCAGUGGCAGUGUGAGUGGCAGUAGUUACUCUGGCUCCAGCUCUCGCUCAAGAUCCCAUUCCUCCUCUGCAACCAUCUCACCUUCCGGGUCCAAGAAGUCCAGGUCUCUGAGUGUGAGCAGUGUGUCUAGCGUGUCCUCGGCCUCCAGCAGCAGCUCUGUGAGGAGCGCUGACUCAGAUGACAUGUACGCCGACCUGGCCAGCCCUGUGUCGUCAGCCAGCUCCCGCUCCCCAACCCCAGGACACCCCCAUGCCCGCAAGGAGAGGGGCCCCCCACGGGACAGGGGCCCCAACAAGGACAAAGGGAAGCCCACUAAGAAAGAUGAGCCCCAUCCUCCCAGGGAGGACCGGAGGAAGAUGGAUCCCUCAGGCCUCCCUCCCAGAAACACUCACGGUCCCAUGCCCAGGUCUGGGCCUGGCAGCAGGGGCCAUGGUCCUGGCGGCCACCCCAUGCACCCGCCGCACGGACCUCCCAUGGGUCCCCCUGGAGGUUACGGCCAGCACAAAGACAUCAAACUCACGCUCCUCAACAAGCAGCAGGCAGAGCGGGGUAACAGGAAGCGAUACAUGCCUUCAGACAAGGACAGGCCGACCUCUCCCCUCAGCAAGAGGAUAGCAAUGUCUCCUGAGAGAGGUCGUGGUGACAGGAGGAUGCCUGGACGGCCCCCACUCUCUCCUAGAAUGGACCGGCCCAGAGGCCAGGGCCCUCGUCCCAUGCCCCCACCGGGAGAAAGAAAACGUCCUUUGUCCCCACCACCCAAGUCGUCUGGGAAAGGUCCAGGGGGGUUGUCAUCGGGCUCAGGCAAGCAGCCCCCAGGCGGCCCGGGCUCAGGCAAGCCUAGCAGCACACUGUCCCGCCGUGAGGAGCUGCUGAAACAGCUCAAAGCUGUGGAGGACGCCAUUGCCCGCAAGAGGGCCAAAAUCCCUGGGAAAUAACCCUCACCCUGCUCUGCCCAAGUCACCCAGGCAACUACAAGCAUCAAGGGACAUAAAAUCACCAAUCCCAUUCAUGACGCCUAGCGUUCUCUGGAGAUUUUAAAAAGGUUUCUGUCCCAAAAUGUAAAGGCUAUUGUGUAAUUGUUCCUCGACAAAAUGGCCACCAAAACAUUUUUGCUUGUUUGCCCUCAGAGAGAGGUUGUCUUGAUGAUUUUACAGUACUGAAGAAAUUUAGUAGCAGGGUGUCAUUGUUGCUCUCUCUUGUCUGUUUAAUAAGAAAGGAGAAUAUUGACAUUGUCUCAAUGAUAAGGUGAAUUUAUAUACUUUUGAUCCACUCUCUCGGUCUGCCCCUUUUACUGUCUCAUAUCUCUCAUGUCUUAUUUUUAUCGAUUUUUUUGUUGUUAUUUUGGGGUUGGAGUUAGUCUUGCCCUGUUCGAUUCUAAAAAUCCUGGAAACCGCUUCUCGGCUCCCAUCUGGUUCUCUGUACAAACAUUUAGCUUCUGUAUUCAUUCAGACUGAGAAACAUUGAACACGCUCAAAGGACCUCUUGUUCAUGGUGGUCACAUCUUAACCAAUUACUUUUCCUCUUCUAGGUCUGUGCAUUGUGUUAUCUUACAGUGUGUAUUUUACAUACUGUUUUCAAUCAUAGUGAGCAUAUGACAAGCACCCCUUUUUUUCUCAAGUGUAUGAUUAUAGAGAACAAAUUGACAAAUUGCUUUUUUUUCUCCAGCUUUUCUCAAGUGAUAAACUGUUUUAUUUGUCCCACAUUUUUAGUUGACACAGGAGUGUAUGUUUGUGCUUUUGUGACAAAAGGCUUCUAAAUAAACUAUUUUGAUAAAGCAAAA